UAUAUCUAGCUGGUUUAUGCAUGCAAGCUGUUUGCUUCAUUGCCUGAAUGAAAAAGUCGGGUGAAAUUCUGUCUUCUGCAGCAGCUUUCCCGGUUGGAUUUUAAUGGUAGCACUCAGAUCUUUUCUAUCUCUCUCUCACACAGAAGCUACACUAAUGGGAUUUGGUUAUUGUCUGGCAAGUUUUGGUUUUAUUCUUACAUUUGCCUAUGCAAGUGAGGUGAUAUAUGGAGAGGGGUUGGGGAGGGGCUUCCUCACUUGGAACUUUGUGGCAGGGGUGAAAUGUGAAAACAUGUCCUGUCGUUGUAAGUUGUAACCCAUUUUGCCACUUAGUUGAAAUUGCUCUGCCUUCGUUGUUUCAUGGAAUCUAAAAUUCCCAGGUUUAGCUGCAACAAGUCAAAAAGUUAUUCACUUUGUCAUGCACAUGAUGUCUGGAAUCAUUUGUUUGAGCUUUCUGUCGAGCUGGGAGAGAGAGAGAGAGAGAGAGAGAGAGAGAGAGAGAGAGAGAGUUAAACGACUAUACCACUGCUUGCUUAUCAUGGCCUCUAAGGUACUUUUUGUUCAAAAGCUGCAGUUUGCAGAUGGUUUUAUUUAGAAGGCAGUAUUGACGUUGCUAAAACAGUGAUUGCUUUUUCUAAGAUUUUGGCUUUCGGUUUUGAGAUCUUUCAUGGAAACUAAAGGGUAGAUGUGGUGGGCUGCCUCAGUAGUCAGUUCUCAACCAAUAUAUUGGUGUCUGGCAGGCUCAUUUUUCAGGUUUUCAAUAAGUUUGCAAUCGAUUCUUGGUUGGGAAUCUUUAGGGAUUCGCAAUUUGUUUAUUUCUGCCAGAUGGAGAUUCUUUCGGCCUCUAAAGAAACAAACAUUUCCCUUGUCCUCGUCAAACUGGACAGCAUCGUUAUGUGCCUACUGCCUACCAUUCACCUUCAAAUUUGUGCUACUUGAGUGCUCUUUCUUCCUUUUUAUUAAUUCAGGGUUUAGCUGUUGCAUCACUUCCACCUGUCUUAUGCAAGUUUGAAACUUGAUGUCCUAGAGGUCUUUGUUUUCCUACUCUCAAGUAGAAUGUGCAGAGAAUAGGAAAAAAGGGAGUGUGAUUGAUUGAUGUAUUCAGUUGUUGUUUGACUUGCAUCCUUUAAGAAAGGUGCUUAGUUGGUAUGCGCAUUUCCCAGUAAGAAAAUUGAAGGGUUUCUUGUUCUGGCUUGGCGAGGAAUAGUUUUGAGCUGGUGGAGCUCUUUUGGAAACUUUGUUCCAGAGUUUCAAAGAGUAUACCUAUCAUCAGAAGCUUUUAGUUCCAUGGCUGAAGUAUGAUUAACUGUUGAUUGCUACUUGCCGUGUUAUCAAUCCAGGAUCUGUGUAAGAUCCAUUGGCCAACUCAAAGUUCAAGGAGUGAUGCUAUUUGACCAUGCAUUUGUUCCGGUGGCUACAUUUGCCACUGUUUAUGCUGGUGCAACUCUUACAGCUGUCAAGUACUGUUCAGAUAAGGCAUGAAACUUUGUUUGCUUGUGAGAGUACCCUUUGCAACAAACAGUCCACUGGCUGGAUAGAGGGAUACCCCUGUCUAAGACAAUCAGCAAGGCUUAAGCAUCGCCAACUUCAAACCCAAGGUGUUGUUUCUUUCUUAUAUUCCAAAGAGUCAGCCACAUUUGUUUCCGACUGGGGUUCAACCAAAAUUUCACCUGUUUCUUCGCCAUCUAUUCCCGCAAGCUUGCGUUUAGGAUUACCAGAACAGUUAUAUUUAUUACAUAACAGGAGGAUAGCUAAGACAGUUGAUGGAUCCAAUGGUGUUCCGACAUUAACACCAGUGCAAUCAGAUGAUGACACAAAAGCAUGGAAAACGAAAGUUGCAGCCAUAGCUGGAGGUGUUGGUGCAACUCUGCUAGUAAUUGUCAUAGUGGUGAUUGUUUACUUGCGUAUCAAGAAAUUAGCAUCACAAAAUUCUGAAAGGGAGUCCUCUUCACAAUCCCCUCCAACUGAGCUGGAAAUAGUUGAGACUCCCACAUAUACUAGUCCUCGUCCUUCCGGCACAUCAUUCCUGAGAUUGUUGACAGUUGAGGAGUUGAAGCUGGCGACACAGAGUUUCAGUGACAGCAAUAUCAUAGGUGAAGGGUUACUUGGUUUAGUUUAUAAAGGACUGCUUCUAGAUGGAUCUAUUGCCACCAUAAAUAGAAACAUACACCAUCCGAUUCAGAACUUUGCUAAUGAGGUUAGACACAUCGUUUCUGUCCAGAACCAGCAUCUUGUAAAGCUUAUUGGCUAUUGUGAGGAUAGGCAGCAACAGUUUCUUGUAUCCGAAUUCAUAUCCAACGGAAAUGUGGGACAAUACCUCUAUGAUAGUGAAGGUCUGCCUAUUGGGAAGUUGGGCAUCAAGCAAAGAUUGUCUAUAGCCUUGGAUGCAGCAAAAGGGCUUCGGUAUCUUCACAGUUUGGUCCCUCCUUUCCUGCACAUGCACUUCAGAACCAGCAAUGUGCUUGUGGAUGAAAAUUUCACUGCCAAGGUGUCUGACUAUGGAAUUCGCAAGCUGGUAGCAGAAACCCAGCACCCGGGAUCUUCUUCGUCUGUAGAUUACUUUCUCGAUCCAGAGUUGAAUUCGUCGAGAGACUUCUCAGAGCUAAGUGAUGUUUACAGUUAUGGGGUAUUCCUACUAGAGUUGAUCAGUGGACGUGAAGCACAUGGCAAGUAUCAAUCAAGUUCGGACCAAAAUCUACUGCUACAGGCUAGGGAUAGCAGCCACGAUGACUUCGUGGACAAGUCACUACAAGCUAAGGAUCGAACGAAACGAAUCAUGGUGGAUCUGGCAUUGAUGUGUGUAGAUCAUGUCAGCACAAGGAGACCCUCAAUGGAGAAUGUUGUUAAAGCGCUCGAAUGGAUCCGAGAACGGGAAACUGGGCAUGUGGAUCAUGACUGUGGUGAAGAGAUUGGAGCUGUGAAACUUGGGAGUGAACUCUUCAAAUGACCCCCUCCUUUCUCUGGAAUUACAUUCAAUUGGCAUUCUUUAUUGGACAUAAUAUAAGUACCAAAGCUUAAAGACUUUAAGUAAUUCAAACUUGCAAGUUGGUCCAAAGGAGAUCCUGUCUAUCUGCCUUGUCCUUCAAGAUUAAGGAAUGGAGUUGACUUUUUUUUAUAACUAUGAUUAAGUGGAGUUGAUUGAGCAAAAAAGAUGACUUUAUUUC